AUGGCUCCAUCCAGAGCACCUGCUCUUGAGCCUGCGGCCGGCUUUUCGCUGGACUCAAGACCGGAGCGGCCUGAUCGAGUGCCACUUUCAAAAGGCGAAUUCUCUGUCGCGUCCAGGGCUCUGGCCCUAUCAACCUAUUUCUUGUCUGGAGCUUUGGCCAUCAACAUCUCUCAAUUUCUGGGAGCUCCGUUGCGAGCGAUCAACGAGGAUUGGUAUAAUGCAUGGAUCGCGUUUACCAAGCAGUCCUUCGGGCUGCUCACGAUGACUCUCACCCAGACAUUCGCGCCGACAAAGGUCAUCGUCUCCGGAGACAAAUCGGUGCGAGGGCAACUUUUGAAGUCGACCGAGGGAGACCUGAUCUUGGAUUUUCCCGAACGACUUGUUCUCAUUGCGAACCAUCAAAUCUACACCGAUUGGCUUUACCUGUGGUGGAUAGCGUAUUGCAAUGGGAUGCAUGGCCGCCUCUACAUCAUCCUCAAGGAAUCGCUGCGCAAGAUUCCUGUAAUAGGAUGGGGGAUGCAGUUGUAUCAGUUCAUCUUCUUGAAGCGCAAUUGGGAACAGGACAAGCCCAACAUGGCCAGCGCAUUGCAACGACUGAAUAAGCCCACAGAUCCAAUGUGGCUGCUUCUUUUUCCAGAAGGGACUAAUCUAGCUCCAAGUACUCGCAAGCGAAGCACUGAAUGGGCGAAGAAGAACAACAUUCCGGACACAAGGCACGUCCUGCUACCUCGAAGCACUGGUCUACAGUUUUGUCUAGAGGAGCUGAAAGAUACUGUGGAUUACCUCUAUGACUGCACUAUAGUCUAUGAAGGUGUACCCCGUGGGCAGUACGCACAAGAUAUCUUCACCCUGAAAGCGGGUUAUUUGGAAGGUCGGCCUCCAAAAUCCGUCAGCAUGCACUGGCGCCGAUUUGCGGUCAAGGAGAUCCCACUCCACAACGACAGAGCAUUUGAACUAUGGCUCAGAGCCCGCUGGCGGGAAAAAGAUGUCAUGAUUGAAGAGUACUACCAGACUGGCAAGCUCCCAGCUGACUAUGGCGCAACGAAAUAUAAAUCUGGAAAGAUUCUUCGGGGAUGCGGACAUAUGGACGUCCCAAUCCGUGCAAGUCAUUGGUACGAGUUUCUCCAGAUCUUUGCACCGAUGGGGAUCCUGGCGAUGAUCCUAUAUAUCUUCUAUGGCGACUUGCCGAAGCGGUUCUGGAAGAGCAUUAACAAGGAAGCCCUUCAAGCAGGCACUGAAGACAUCAAGAAGGCUGGUAUACAAGCCGGCAAAGGAGUGCAGUCUACUUCGUCCGCCUUGAGCGGCUUAACUUUGGACUCCUUCUUCGAGCCGGGGAAACAGGAGGAGACGUUCGCAGCCGGUGCAGUGGCUGUGCAAAAGCUCCUCACCUCACCCCAAGCGCAAACGCUUCUUAACCGAGCCGACUUUAUCCAGGCGUUCUUAUCAGACCCCCAAAAGCUGGUUCAGGACAGCAUUACGGACAGACAACAGAACUUCAUGCAACAACUUGCCCAAGAAGAAGCCAAAAGACAACAAGGGAGAAUACCCUCCACUUCUCGUACGACUGCCCUGAAACCUGCUACCAACACCGCGGUCAAAGGGGAUUUUUGGAAGCAGGUUGAGGCAGAAGAAAAUAGCAGGCACGGCUCCGUCGUCUCAAAUGUCCCGAAAAAGGGCUCCUUUUGGAAUGCCCUGGAGGCCGAAGAACAGAGCAGGCGAGGCUCCGUCAUAUCCGUCCCGACAUCGACGAGCUCUAAACAAUCAAAAGGUACAUUCUGGCAGGACCUCAAGGCCGCAGAGGAAAAGAAGGCAAACUCAUCGGCAACGAAGCCGCCUCUCGCGAAGAGUGGAUCUGGAAAUCUUGCCCUCGCCAAAGGAAAUUUCUGGGAUGCUGUGAAGGCCGAGGAGAACAGCCGGUAUGGGACUGUGAUGACCUUGUCGAGUAAUGCGUCCACGGCUGUUGCAUCCACAAGCUCUGCGGGAGGAAAGACAGUGCUCGACCCGCGUUCUAAGUCUGGGUUGACCAAAGCCCCAGCGAAACUCGACCCGAGUGCUCCAAAGAAACAGCCUCCCAUACAAAGUGUACCAAAGGCGACGAAUGGGCAGAAGACUAUCUCGACCACCCUCCCUACCAAGAAAGCGAGCACCGGUGUAUCAACCCCUGCGGCGGCGGCGAAGAAAUCAGGAACGGCUACCUCGAUGACAAGCGCGAUUAAAAAGCCAGCGUCCUCAACACCUUCGAAACCCACGCCCGUAGCCCCGAAGAAGAAGUCGGUCAUGAACACCCCUGCGAAAACGACACCUCUUAAGCAGACGCCUUCUACUGUCCCCACCGGAACUCCCAGAAAGCCUGCUGGGGCUGCUCCUUCAACGACCAAGCCGCCAUCUACGCAGAAGUCCAGGGUCAACACCAAUGCCAAAGCUAAUCCCGGGUCUUCCAAGCCCAAAUCAAGCACGAGCACGAACACCACGAAAGUCGGUACGACUGCACCGACUCCCAAAAAGCCCACAGCGGCGCCGAAUGCAGCAGCCGGAACUCCCUCUAAGACUUCACCAGCGACGAAGAAAUCUGCGGGGACGACGGGUGUGAAAGCAUCUACACCUGUAAAUGCGGCUGCAAGGCCAAAGCCAACCCCAAAGACCAGUACCGCGAGUAACCCGGCGGCGAUAGGCACGAAGAGCACGACAAAGAACAAUAACGGUACUGGGCCACCGAAGCUGCUGAAAACUUAG